GACGACAGCAUGUCUGGCAGAGGCAAAGGCGGGAAGGGGCUCGGCAAGGGCGGUGCCAAGCGCCACCGCAAGGUGCUGCGCGACAACAUCCAGGGCAUCACCAAGCCGGCCAUCCGCCGCCUGGCUCGGCGCGGCGGCGUCAAGCGCAUCUCGGGGCUCAUCUACGAGGAGACGCGCGGCGUGCUGAAGGUCUUCCUGGAGAACGUCAUCCGCGACGCCGUCACCUACACCGAGCACGCCAAGAGGAAGACCGUCACGGCCAUGGACGUGGUCUACGCCCUCAAGCGCCAGGGACGCACCCUCUACGGCUUCGGCGGCUAAAACACGCCUUUUGUUCCCGGAUCACCUCGAGAAACCGAACCCAAAGGCUCUUUUAAGAGCCACCCACUUUCUCUCAGAAGAGCUGUGUUGCUUUGCUGUAUUUCUGUUUGCUCCUGCUUUGUUUUUAGUAAGUCUCCUCCUUCUCAUGCUCCCGCUCUCCGCCUCGCCACCCCCCAACCCCAUUUUUCAUGUCGGGCUGCAGCUUCUAAGCGGCUUAAGAAAAACGCCAAAACCCCGGUUAAGGCAAUAACACCCUCCCCCAAGAAAAUAAUCCUUUGUUUCCUCGUGACUAGCGUGUUUGACGAACACGGCGGGGCUUGUGAAGCAGGCGCUUGAU